GUCCUUUGGUAUUCUUUGUCCCGGUUCUGAUGGUGACGCUCCUCUGCCGGCGACCCGAUGCCGGCUACGGGUCGGGUUCCAGCAGCAGUGGCUGUGGUGCGGGAGAUUCGGAGCCUUCCGCCGAGCCGCUGGCGCAAUGCAUUGGAAUCACUCAGGAGGUUAGAUGGAGGAGUGGGCAACAAUGUUGCAGUGAGAAUUCCCUAGGCGUUUGCAUGAAACUGUGCGGGCAAGCCCGGCAGUGGCCCCACGCUCUCCAGUUAUUUGCAGAGCUAAUGGCUGCAGGCCAACCGGACGUAGUGUCCUUCAGCACAGCGGUCUCCGCGUGCGAGAAGGGCAGCUGGGAGAGCGCCAUCAACUUGCUGGACUGCAUGGAUCGGCACCAGCUGCUGGGCGACACGGUGAUUUACGCGGCUUGCUGCGCGGCCUGCGGCGCCGCCAGCGCCUGGACGCAGGCGCUGCAGCUGCUGCGGCCGCUGCGCCAGGCGACGCUGAGGCCCAACACCAUCCUGAUGAAUGCCUUGAUUUCCGCGUGUGGCAAUGGUCAACGUUGGGAGGAAGCUGUUGCUGUGCUUAGAGAGAUGAACGAGACUUCGGUGCCAACGUCUGCGGUCAGCUACACAGCAGCUAUGGCAGCCUGUGACUGGCGCAGAGCUUUGGAGUUGUUGGAGGAGCUGAGACUGAAGCAGAUGUUCCCCACAGUGGUCACCUACGGUACCCUGCUGAACGUUUGCCGUGGACAUUGGGAAGUGGCACUGCAGCUGCUUCGUGAUAUGCACAGGCAGAAGAUAGGAAUGAACAUCAUCGUCCUUGGCGCUGCAAUCACUGCAUGUGAAGCAAAGUGGGAAGCCGCUCUCCAACUGUUUGGUGCUGAAUCUCCUACAGUGGUGACCAGUGCCAGUUUGCUGAAUGCCCUGGCACAAGACAGUCAAUGGGAACUCGCCUUGGCCAUCACUCGUCAGGUGCAAGAACAGAAAGUUGACUUAAACGUGAUUGCUUGCAGCGCAGUGAUGAGUGCCUGCGAGAAAGGGCAGCAAUGGUCCUUGGCCUUGGGCUUUCUUCGUUUGAUGCAAGACAAGAAGAUGGAGGUGAAUGUGGUUGCCUACAGCGCAGCCACCAGCGCCUGCGAAAAGUGCAAGCAUUGGGAAAAUGCUGUGGCCCUUUUCUACGAGUUGCUAGAGCACCAGUUGACCCCUGAUGUCAUCGUGUGUAGCGCCACGAUCAGUGCAGCAGAACGAUCCAGCUCAUGGGAUGUGCUGGAGCGGUUGUUGUCAGACAUCAAACACUGCAAAGUCCAGCCAAAUGUCGUCCUUUUCAAUGCAGCAAUCAGUGCAGCUGAGAAGGCUGGAUAUUGGCAAGGUGCAACAGACCUCCUGGCAGAAAUGAUGCAAGGCAGCAUAGAGGCGACCAGCAUCACGUACAGUGCAGCAAUCUUGGCAUGCUCAGCGGGUGAGCAGUGGCAAGUGGCUUUGGGACUGCUGGAGCAGGAGAAAGAAGGGCGCUUGGUUCCAAACUGGGUGACCUAUGCAUCUGCGAUCUCCACUUGCGAAAAUCGUCUGAAGCACAAGCAGGUCCCCGGUUUGUUGAUGGAACUGCAAGAUUUGGUUCUCGAAACUGAGAAGCUGUGAUACUAGAAGCCUUGGAUGAGUUCCGCUCACUCAAGACACAGUACAUGUUCCAACAAGUGCAUAAGCAAGAAU